GUGUGACACAACAACUAGAGUUAACCUAAUUUAUUCACAGGCUUUGUUGUGAUAAAAGAUUUACAUAUUCUAAUUUAUUAUAAAUGUAUUACGCUUAUCUUGUGGGCAGGUUUCAGAACUUGUCAAAUUGCUAAUAUAGUCAAUAUUAACAAAAUAUGGGAAAAACAUCAAAAGAUAAGCGUGAUGUGUAUUACAGAUUAGCCAAAGAAGAGGGCUGGCGAGCAAGGAGUGCUUUUAAACUUCUGCAAAUUGAUGAGGAAUUUAAAAUUUUAAAUGAUGUUACAAGAGUUGUUGACUUAUGUGCAGCUCCAGGUAGUUGGAGCCAGGUUUUAUCAAAAAAAUUAUUGAAACAAGAAUCUAUGGAAAAGAGUAAUGUGAAGAUAGUUGCUGUCGAUCUUCAAGCUAUGGCACCUCUGCCUGGUGUUAUUCAAAUUCAAGGGGACAUCACCAAAAGGAAUACUGCUAAUGAAAUAAUUAAACAUUUUGAGGGUGGAAAAGCUGAUUUAGUAGUAUGUGAUGGAGCACCAGAUGUUACCGGCAUUCAUGAUAUUGAUGAAUAUAUACAAGCUCAACUACUAUUAGCCGCACUAAAUAUUACAACUCAUAUAUUGAAAUCUGGAGGUACAUUUGUGGCAAAAAUAUUUAGAGGUAAAGAUGUUACACUCUUAUAUUCCCAGCUGAGAAUUUUCUUCACAAAUGUUAUUGUUUCAAAACCUAGAAGCUCUAGAAAUUCAAGCAUUGAAGCUUUUGUAGUUUGUAAAAACUACUCACCUCAUGAAGAUUAUAUACCGACUAUGGACAAUCCUUUAUUAGAUCACAUGUAUGAUGACAAUAAUCCACAAGUAGGUACCAACAGAUUAGUCGUUCCAUUCUUAGCUUGUGGAGAUUUAUGCCCAUAUGAUUCUGAUACUACAUAUCCAUUACAGCUUAAAGAUGGCGAGGAAUAUAAGUGUAGAGAUCCAGUUCAGCCACCCAUUUCGCCACCAUAUGCUGAUUUCUUCAAGCUAAAUUUAGGAAAUGUUAUGGUCAAAAUGGGAUCUAAAACGUUUUCUGAAGACAGUACUAAUUAG